UUGUUGUCGUAUCCGUUGAGCGAAUUGAGUAUCACUGUUUAGUGAAUUAGCGAGACACCAUGUCUAUGAAACGAAAACGUUCUCCCCUGAUCACGAUAAAGCCAGAACCACUGAGGUCUCAGACGCCAGCUAAGCGAGUCAAGAUGGAAGUUGUUCUUACACCGCUACGAUCUCUGUAUCAGCGUCCGAAGAGAUCUGUAUCACAUCAGGCUGCUCCAUCUGAUACUGGCCCACCUAAUACCCUUGACGGUGCUCAUGCGAAACGCGAAGACUUCGUCACUGGUGACCACGCAGGAACUACAGGUUCUCAGUUCGUCGAUUCUGGCGCGAAUGUCGAUGAGCUACCCAGCUUUGACCUGACAGGCGGACAUCCAAGCCUUCCUUCCGUCGUCCCUCCAAGGAGCGAGGUCCAAAGCACGCGUCAAUCGUCACGACGAUCUCCAGCUCGAUCUAACGUGCGCGCCAAAAGCGAGCUCGACGACAAAGCUAAUGUACAGGCUCCUGACAGCAACCGAAGUUCUGGGACCGCUCGGCCUAGUGUGUCCCCUCAAGAGGCUCGACGGCUGGCAAGAGCUUACGGUGCCAUACCGAAGAUCAAGAAGGACAGUGAAGUCGACGACGAUACUUAUGCCGAUAUUAUCUCUCGUGUAGGAAUCGAUCCCUACGACGUCACGCUCGACCCAGAUAUUCGCUUCGUGAAAGUCACCCGAAUGUUUAUGAGCAAACACUACGGAGGCUCCCCGCAGACAAUGAAUGCCUGCCGUACCUCGGGUCUUACUCGUUGGCGAAACUUCCUAUUCCUCAAUGUCGCGAACGGACACCCUAACGGACCAUGGACCCCGGGGUACAAUGGCGUCAUGUUCCAUGAAAAGGUCUUUGACAGAAACCCCUACAGUGGCAGCCAUAAUCUCUUCAUCAACCUGGGAAAUUCGAGGUGGUUGUAUGCUGGCUUGUAUGAAGUUAGCCUUGCACCUCCGCUGCCACCGGCUCGUUGGGCUAUCCAGAGCCACAAGUUGAAGUCAUGGUGGGCCAACGGAAUAUUGUCAUGGGGACAUCCUCAUGUCAAGGCUGACAUUGUCAUUCGUCGGGACCACGGCCGGAAACCUAUUGCGCAGGAAUACGAGGAUGCGACAGCUCGAAAAUAUACGAACUUGACGGCACAGAAUGUCCUCCGUGCAUUUAACACGGGAGAACAAAGGUUGGGCGUCUUCACGCUCAAGUGUGUCUGUUACGACGAAGAACUGCAACGCGACAUCGCGUCUCGCUCACCCGAAGAAUGGUAUGUUGCAUACCGAAAGGAAGAAAAACGGAAGAAUGAGGCGAAAAAAGCUGCGCAGGCGGAGGAAGUGGACAGUGGAGGAGAGCAAGGGAGAGCAAGUGUACAGAGUAAAGGCAAGGUAGUAAAGCGGAAACCCGCGAAGAAUGACGGAGGGAAAGGGAAGGCGACAACGAAGAACGUGACGGAAGAGGAGAGCGACGAUGAUGAGAUACCUAUUGUUCCUCGGGGAACAAAAAGUCGUCCACGACCUUCCAGCUCUUGACGCUAUCGCCAAAUCAUUGUAUCUCGGCUUGGGGACACGUAGAUCUUGUACCAAUUGAAAGACUUGGUAUUAC